UAAUGGAUUCAUGUAGUAAAAAGAUAAUGUAUAACAUUUCCUCCAAGACCACCUGAAUAAUUCUCUUGGGUGUGAAGUGCAGUGUACUGAUGACGCAAGGAAGGCACUCACUGCACCACAGAGCCGUGGGGCAAGAGAAAGGUCAUCACUGGAGAGAGAAACUGUGUAUAUCUACGUGUGCUGUAAAUAAAAUGUGAAGAGGAUAAAAGUGUAGUGAGUGUGAUUAAAGGAAAGAGACCUGUUGUGAGGGUAUAUCUCGAUUAUUUCUGCUAUUACUACUACUGCUGCUACUACUACUACUACUACUACUACUACUACUACUACUACUACUACUACUACUACUACUACUACUACUACUACUACUACUACUACUAUCAUUACCACCACCACCACCAGGAAGCUUUGAGAUGCCAAGGAAUUAAAUUCCACUAAGAAACUAUUGGCGGCUGUGUAAACGCGUCGAAGUGGUGCUAUUGUGUCCCCGGCAGGUGUGUGUGGCCUCUCGGUGAUGUGUGGCGGUGAACUGUACAGGCAGUGACACUCGAAGGAAAAUGAUACAAUGAAGUGAACCGAACUAAAAAAAAAAUAAAUAAAUAAAUAAAAAUAAAUAAAUAAAUAAGUAAAAUAAAAUAAAAUAAUAAUAAUAAUAAAAGAGGACGGAAAGGCCAACAGGGAUUUAUUCAUUAGUGCAUGACUCGAAUGAUCCUCAAAGCGCAAUUAUCUAAUUAAUCCAGUGAUGGAACGAAUUAUUGAUUGACUGACUGUUUGAAUCAAUGGCGCCGCAAGGACGAGGUGACAUGGCGUUUUGCUGAAAGCAGGACAGAAAGACAUGAACUGCAAAACACAGGUGAUCCUCAAGGGAAAAUCAGUUAAGUUAUAAUCGGAAAUGCAAUGAAAUGGUGACUUACCUAUUGCUUGAUUAAUACGUAAAUGGCGCCACAACAAAGGGGUCAUAUGACACCGUGCUGAAGUGAAGCGGAUUGAAAAUAAAUUGUAAAAACUAGAGAGCUAAAUUACAGACAUUACUUCCAUUUAUGUCCCUUAAAUCUUAAAGUGCCACAGCUGCACAGGUGAUGCUCCAGAGAGAGAGAGAGAAAAAACAAAAAAAACAAAGUGGCGAGAAAGUGAAGCAGAUUGACAGAAGGACGAAAAAGAACUGAGUACCAGCCAGUGACACUGCAAGUUCCAAAAAUGUGACUUUCUGUACCGCAUCACACCACAUCAAACUGCACACCUCCCAAAGAGAACUGGAAGAACAACUACUGACAUUACAAUUUCCAAAUAUGUGACUUUCUGAAAACCAUCACACCACAUCAAACUACACACUUCCCUUCCUUCCUUCCUUUUUCCCAGCCAACAAGAUGGUUCAGAGGCGCCUCAGUGCUGUGCCUCGGUGUUGAAGCCUGAAGGUGGCGGCGUGAAGGAGUGACGAUGAGGUCCGUGCACGCUGCUCCUCCCGCGUUAUUCCUUCGCUUCAUGGUUGUUCUUCAUCAUAGUGUGGCAGGGGCAGUGGAGGUGCCUAGGGGCGGGCAGGAGGCAGGGGAGGACGCGCCAUUCCUCCCCUGCAGCAAUGUGAGUCACCCCCAGGACGUGUUCCAGUGCUCCCCCGGCCUCUGCGUCGCCCUCGACCUGAGAUGCAACGGCGUGCCCGACUGUCCUGAAGGCACUGACGAAGCGGUGGUGGAGUGUGCCUGCUUGCCCAAUGAAUACCAGUGUGGGGUGACCUGCAUUGACCUCGGCCGCCGCUGUGACACCAGACCUGACUGCCCUGAUGGCGAGGACGAGGAGGACUGCGAGACUUACGAGUGCCCGGUGACGCAUUUCAAGUGUGACAACCACUUCUGCGUCCCAGGCGAGUUGGUGUGUGACUUCGAUGACCACUGCGGCGACGGGUCAGACGAGCACCAGUGUCACCAUCGCAAGUGCUGGAAGGCGGAGUUCGAGUGUGACAACGGGCAGUGCAUCAGGCCGGGCCGCGUGUGUGACGGUGACGUGCACUGCAAGGACGGAUCUGACGAGCGCAACUGCCGGCCAGAGGACUUUGCCGUGUGUGGGUCAGGGGCGAGGGUGCACCGCUACUACUGGUGCGAUGGCUGGCCCCACUGCAGCGACAACCACGCCGAUGAGCUCAACUGUGGGGAGUGCGGUGCCCCUGGGAGGGAGUACAGGUGCGCCAACACGCGGUGCCUGCCCGCCGCCAACGUGUGUGACGCGGUGUGUGACUGUCUGCCGGGAUGCGAGGAUGAACUGACGUGUACCAACUCCACCAACUCCACUUACUCUAUUACUGACGGUGUGAGGAGGUGCCACGUGGGGCAGGCUCUGUGGUGCCAGGUGCCAAACAGGGACAGAAGGCUGGACCGCUGCAUCUCAGAGCCUCAUAUAUGUGAUGGCUAUAAUGACUGUCACAAUGGAGGAUACCUGUCUGACGAGUAUGGCUGUGAGACCAGCACGUGCCCAGGUGAGGCGGCCCAGGGAGGAGGUUCCCGCUGGUUCAGGUGUGAGGACGGCCGGUGCCUUCCCCCCCACCUAUUGUGUGACCACAAGCCCGACUGUCUGCACGGCGAGGACGAGGACAACUGCUCACGCACCGUCUGCAGGAGUAAUGAGUGGCUGUGUGAGUCUGGCCAGUGCAUUACCCUCGAGGCACGCUGCGAUCUUGUCUUCCACUGCCUCGACAAAUCAGAUGAAAUUGGAUGCGAGCGGCCUAAGGAGUGCGGGGAGGGCAUGUUCCGGUGUGGCAGCGGUCAGUGUAUUGCCUCGAGGUACCUGUGUGAUGCUGCAGCCACGCCGAGACUCGCUUGUGCCGACGAGUCUCACCUGCUGAACUGCUCUGGACACCCCUGCGGCCUUGGACUGUGGAAAUGUGACUCCGGCCCCUGCCUGCCGCCCUCCCACCUGUGUGACGGCCAGGUGCAGUGCCCGCUCACCUGGGACGAUGAAGACCACUGUCCGUUCUCGUGCUCCUCGUCAGCGCCCCAGUGCGAGUGUCGAGACAUCACCAUCACCUGCCAGCGCCUCGGCCUGCAGCGCCUCCCCCGGGAUAUCGAGCCCCAGAUCUCCCGCUUUCACCUCUCCGGAAACUUCCUCAACUUCUCCCUCGACGCCGAGACCUUCCUGCCGUACAGCCACCUGGUCUACCUGGACAUGAGUAACAACAGCCUCACCGUUCUGCCGAGUCACGUGUUCUUCAUGCUGGGUCGCCUCAAGAUUCUGGACCUGCGCAGUAAUCUCCUCACGGUCAUGUCCAACUCAACCUUCCUGGGGCUGUCCAACCUGCGGACACUACAUCUGGAAGGCAACGCUAUCUCAACGCUGGACGGAUGGGCUUUCUACGGACUCUCCUCUCUCUCCACGCUGGAUUUGAGUCAUCAGAGGCUUGGGAGGAUCGACCGCCACGCCUUCUUGGGUCUACGAAGUUUGCUGAGUCUAAACGCGUCACACAACAGGCUGAGAAGGCUGACCAGCGGCUCACUCAGCGGCCUAUCCACUCUGCUCUCUUUGGACCUCCGGGAGAACCAGCUGUCUGUAGUGGAGCCUCGUGUGUUCUCCUCUCUGGCCACCCUGCACCAGCUGUGGAUAGAUGAGUUUCGCUUCUGUUGUCUGGCGCGACGGGUCCCCCACUGCUACCCCCUGCCGGACCAGUUCAGCUCAUGCGAAGACCUCAUGACCAACGGCGUGCUGCGGGUGUGCGUCUGGGUGCUGGCCUCCCUCGCCCUCUCCGGCAACUGUUUGGUGAUUGUGUGGCGCCUCCUGUACGAGACUGAUAAUAAGGUGCACUCGUUCCUUAUCACCAACCUGGCGCUGGGUGACCUGUGCAUGGGCCUCUACCUGCUGAUCAUCGCUGCCGUGGACGUGACCUACCGCGGCGUGUACUUUAUCUACGACGCUGAGUGGAGAACCUCGCCCCUGUGUCAGCUGGCGGGCUUCCUCUCCACCUUCUCCAGUGAGCUUUCCGUCUUCACUCUCACAGUCAUCACGGUGGAGCGCCUGGUGGUCAUCGUAUUUCCCUUCCAAGUGCCUCGCCUGACCAUGGCCGGCACGCGCACCAUCAUGGGCGUGGUGUGGGCGUGCGUCCACCUUUGGGCCGCCCUCCCGCUCCUCGACAUCCCCUACUUCAGGAACUUCUACGGGAGGUCUGGCGUGUGUCUGGCGCUGCACAUCACCCACGAGAAGCCGAGCGGGUGGCAGUACUCCGUGUUUGUCUUCUUAGCACUCAACCUCGCCUCCUUCUCCGUCAUCGCCGUGUCGUACUGGCGGAUGUAUCUGGCCGCCCGCACCUCCCGCGCCGCCGUCAGGAACGACUUUCAGCGGCGGGAGUCCAUCAUGGCGCGGAAGAUGACGCUCAUAGUGGUGACGGACGCCGCCUGCUGGCUGCCCAUCAUCCUGCUGGGCGUGGUGUCUCUCGCGGGCGUCACCAUCCCGCCGCAGGUGUUCGCGUGGGUGGCGGUGUUCGUGCUGCCUCUCAACGCCGCCAUCAAUCCGCUGCUGUACACUCUCUCCACGGCGCCCUUCCUCAGCAAGGCGAGGCAGCGCGCCCGCGACGUGCGCACUUCCUUCAGAUGGUCGCUGUCCCGCAGAGCCACCACCCUCUCCACCAGCCCUACCACGGUGGACGAGAGAACGGUGGUGCUACUCAAGCCUCUAGCGGGCAUCUCUCACUCUCCCCACCUCCCCUCCCCGCACCUCACCACCCUGCGCCUCCUCGCCCCGCCCACCGCCGCCCAUCUCCACCACAGAUUUCCGUCAAGCCGCAGUCUCUGUCUCGACCAUUCCCUCUCGCUGCAGGAGACGGAUCCCAACAAGACAGAGGAGACUGAAACCCGCCCUGCAUAUUUCAUCCAACCAGAGAAUCGAACUACUUGUGUGCGGUGAGGCAGCCAACUUUCCCACAUUACCACACCACCACUGCCUCCACUCUGCGUACCGCGCUGCCACCGCCACGCAUAUCACCACCACUGCAGAUCACAUCCCUUUUCCCAGCCACAGUCACCAUCACUGGCGUCACUGUCAUCACUACUACUGCUUACUAUCAAUACAGUGUACUCUGUCACACCACCACCACCAACACCACCACACAGCCACCACCACCACACCAGCUCGCCACAAUACACUGCUACCACCAUCACCACUACCACUGCAGCCAUAUCUUCACCACAACGCUUCUCCAUGACUACAUUCUUUCUUCCGUCCCUCCACUCCUCCUCCUCCUCCUUCUCCUCCGCCUCCUCCUCCUCCUCCUCCUCCUUCUCCUCCUUUCUACGUCACAUAUUCCACUUGAUUGACAAAAGUAAGCAGUCGCUCGCUGGUGAAGGUGCAGGGUACUCCACUCACUCCACGCUCCCUCUCCACCGCCCCGCUCCACCUCGCAACGCGCUUCCAGUCGCCCGGGAGUAGUCAGUCUCGUCACCUUGGAAAUGGGUACCUGAUGUAAUUAUUUCACCGUACACCUGUCUGGCCUCUGACGUCA